AUGGUUCAACGCGUGUUCUCGUGGCUGCCUCUGUUGUUGUCGGCAGUGUACGCGUCUCCUUCGGCGAUGGCAACACGCGAUAUCACCCCGCGAGAGAAUGAGAACGUACAUGUCACGACUGGUGAGCCUGUAAGAGAUCGUAUCAUAUUCGUAGUACUGGCUAUGGUCUGUAUGAUGGGUAUUGCGCUCAUACUAGGCAUUCGAGCUCGCCAGCUGCGACGAAGCAUUCGAAUGCAACGGAAUGUCACUUCCAUGCUUUUCCUCUUUAUGUGCUUCAUCUUCGUAAUUUAUAUCAUUGUCUCGGCAGCUUUGGUGGUUGGUCAAGGGUUGACCACGUACGACCAAUGCAAUGUCGCGACCAUUGUGUGCUUGGUAUGUUAUAUCGCCAUUAAGGGCACAGUCUAUACAUUCAUGGUCGAACGCAUCCGCCUAGUACGAUCUCCAUUCAUCAAACGCAGCAAGGACUACAUAUAUCUCUCGUGCUUAGCCAUGGUACUCGCUUUAUACGGCGCUGUCUCGGUCAACGCCUGCAUAUUCCGCUACACCGCACUACAGGCUUCAGAUGGUCGAUGCCAUGGUGGCAUUCGAAGCAUUGCUUCACUGCCAACACUUUGCAUUAAUUUAUUCACCAAUGUCGUCUUGACAGUCGUGUUCUUUUACCUCCUCCUCCCUGUCAUCAAAUUUCGUGUUAGUGCGCCGGCUGCUGGUUUGCCAAACUUAAAGAAGAGGACAUUUCUGGUUGCACACCCGGAUGAGACUGGGGUGCAGAAGAACAUCAGGAUACUGAUGUGGAAGAGUAUCAUUGGCUCGUUGUUGAUCGAGGUCACAAUGUUGGCCAACAUGAUCCAAUUCACCCUAACCAAGGGGAAGGAAUUGGGGAUGAUAUGCUUCACGAUCUGUAUGAUUGACGUUUUCUGGGAUUGCCUUGUGAUUCACUGGUUGACAUUUGGAUCAUCUGCACGAGCAGAGCGUUCCUUGGCGCAAUCCAUCAUGUCCUCCAGAGGGCAAACAGUGCGCCAACUGGGCGAUAUUCCAUCGGGCAUGCUCGAGAAAUUGGAGGGCAAGGAAGAUCCCCUUAUCGCGGCACUGGAUAGCGCGUUCAAAGUAGGAGGGGUUGAACACCAUUCACGCAAUUUUUCGAUAUCGGAUUCAAUAACGGCUCUACCACCACUGCCAUAUGGAGUCAUUAAAUGA